GGGCUCGCGGCACAUUGUAUAAAUUCAUUGGAGUGCAAAUAGUAAAGCAUCAGUUGGUUGUGUGUUCAUUGUUGCUCACAUCUCUCAUUCGCUCCGCUGCUUGAAUCGCAAAGAAGAAAAACAAAAACCCAAAUAGAGAGACAUACACCGAGAGACAAAAACCGAAAAAAAAUGAAAGUGCUAUUGAUUGCUGUUGUUGUUGUUAUCGGUGCAGCGGUGGUAAUUAUCGAUUGUGCAACAUUGCCGUCGAAAACACAUCAACGUACUGGAGACUACGACGAACAUACAUGCCCACGUCGAUGUUCCGAAGCAUACUAUCCACUGUGUGGUAUCAAUCAAGCCGGUGACACGAAAGUGUUCGUCAACGAUUGUUAUAUGUCCAUGGAAAAUUGCAAUCAAUUGGCUCAACAAGUUUAUCAUCCAACCGACGAAUCGGAUUGCCCCGACUUCGAUGAGUGGAUCAGUGAAGACAGUAUUCGACAAAAACUUAACAUUUAAACUUUGCGUAAAAUUAGGAAUUGAAUUUAAACAAAGAGAAAGCGAAAUUACGAUGAAAAUAAAGUUUUGAGUAAAUUAUUUGAAUUAUUA